AUGUCAGCAAGCGAUGGGGCCAGUAUUGCGGCUCAAUUGACCGGAGCAGGAAACCAGCAAGCUCAUAUUCCAAAGACUGAGACGUCCAAGCAGGUGCAGAACGAGCGCCGCCAGACUUUCAAGCGCCGCCAUGGUUUCCUCGUUGGUUUCUUCGCCUUGAUUCUGGUAUUCCACGCCUUGGGCAUUUACCUUUUCCUCAGCGGCUUCCUCCUGACACGCCUCGUCUUGGACCACAAAUCCGAGUGCGCCGUGCCUCCAGUCCCGCUCGCCUUGUCCUACACGCCUGGCUCUCCAGACGAUGGCUGUUGGCACCCCAAGUCCUUUGACAAGGCUGUUGUCAUCAUUGUCGAUGCCCUUCGCUACGACUUCACCGUACCCUGGGCCCCCAAGCACCCGCAACAUGCCUCGCAGCACUUCCACAAUGCUCUGCCCAUCUUCUGGGACACCGCUGUAGCUGAACCCGAGAACGCCUUCCUUCUGCCCUUCAUCGCCGACCCUCCUACCACAACCCUGCAACGUCUAAAGGGGCUGACCACCGGCACUCUCCCCACCUUCAUCGAUGCAGGCUCCAACUUCGCUGGGACUGCCAUUGACGAGGACAAUUUGGUCGCACAGCUCAAGGCUGCUGGCAAGAGAAUAGUCCACCUUGGAGACGAUACAUGGCACUCGCUGUUCCCCGAAUACUUUGAUCCUGAGCUUACUCGCGCCUACGACUCCUUCAACGUCUGGGAUUUGCACACGGUCGAUAAUGGUGUCAACGACCACAUCUUCCCCCUGUUGCACUCAACCAACACUUCCUCCUGGGAUGUCAUCUUCGGUCACUAUCUGGGUGUUGAUCACGCUGGCCACCGCUAUGGGCCUGAUCACCCUGCAAUGGCUUCGAAGCUUCACGAGAUGAACGGUGUCUUCGAGAGGAUGAUUGCUGCACUUGACGACAAGACCUUGCUGGUUGUUAUGGGCGAUCAUGGCAUGGACGCCAAGGGUGACCAUGGCGGAGAGUCGGAUGACGAGGUCGAGGCCGCUCUCUGGAUGUACUCGAAACAGGGCCUUUUCGGUCGUCGCGAUGCAUCCGCUGCAAAGCCUCCGAUCACUGCAAAGGAGAGACCUGUCGCACAGAUUGAUCUGGUUCCCACAUUGUCUUUGCUUCUCGGCAUGCCUAUCCCUUUCAACAAUCUCGGCCAGCCCAUCGAGGAGGCCUUCAUCGGCAAGAACUCCAAUGACUACGAGAACCUCGCUCGGGUCAGCCAUCUGACUGCCGGUCAGAUUCAUAGGUACCAGAAGGAGUACUCUGCUGUUCGCAAACUCGACUCGGCCAGUACCCUCCCUCCCGAGACUCUCUGGGAAGCAGCUUCCAGAGUUUGGCAUGAGGUCGAACAGGCCAAGAAACCUUCUGUCGAGCUCUGGCAAGCAGCCUACACUCAGCUCCGCGCCUACCAACACGAGAAUCUACGCGUAUGCAAGAGUCUCUGGGCCCGUUUCGAUCUGAUCAGCAUGGCAAUGGGUAUCAGUCUACUUACUGGCGCACUCCUUACUAUUGUGCUCUUCGCGAACGGAUUCAGUGGAGAUCGUGGCGAGAUCGUCUCUGGUCUCUGUGUCCGUGGCGUUGUGGGUGCGGCCAUCGGAGCUGGUGCUGGCCUUCUUUUGGGAGGUCUGAUUCCGGUUUCUUGGAUUAAUUCCGUUGUCUUUUUCUCUGGAUUGAGCGGCAUUUUGGGUACACUCUCGUGCUUCGUAUCCACACCCUCGAAGCUCCGUGCUCCAGUACCUGCCUCUUUCUGGGGUUGGAUAUGCACCAUCCCUCCUGUUCUUCUUUGCAUCGGGUUCGCUUCAAACUCUUUCACAAUCUGGGAAGACGAGAUCCUACUUUACAUGCUUUGCUCGAUUGGUGCUUUGAUGCUUGCCUCUUCAUUGCGCCUGCAGAAUCCUCAGGAGCGCUUGCUUGGUUCAUGGCAUUCACUCUCAUUCAUUGUCUUGACCCGACUCGCAUCUCUUUCUCGCCUUUGCCGUGAAGAGCAAAUGCCUUUCUGCAGAUCAACAUACUACGCCUCGGCCACUUCUUCGACCUCGGCUUGGUGGCAGCUUACUAUUCCCUUCAUCAUUGCUGUUAUUCUGCCAAGCGCUAUCCGCGACUUCUUCGCUCGCACCAAGAACUACCAAGGUACAGCUGUACUAUGGUUGAGUAUUGCAUUCCGUAUUGGUCUUGUACUCUCUGCAAGUUACUGGAUCCUGGAUGCAGCUGAUGACAACGACUGGAUUCCCCAAGUCUCGAGUGAGAAUUUGAAGACCGUUCGUGUGUUCAUCGCCCAAGCCAUCUUGGCUAUUGCCUGGGCAGCUGGUUACAGCGCGUAUCUCUACUCUGCUCCGUUCUUAGGUGUUGAGACUGAGACACCUGCACCCGAGACAGAACUCAUGGACCCCAACGAUCCGAUGUCAGCCAUGUUUACACCGAUCAAGCCGCAACAGCGCAAGAAGAUCAUCAUUCUCGGCUACGCCAAUACUCACGGUACCCGAUACUUCCUCCUGCCAACCAUUUGGGCACUCGUUCUUCUCCUUCUCCAAAAACCUAUGGGUCAGGGCACACUUUCCCUGUGCUUACUCAGCAUUCUUAACCUUCUUGAAGUCAUCGAUGCAAACGACUUGCGCAAUUCGCCCCUGGGCCCUGUAACAUUGGCUCUGAUGGCUGGCUUCUACUUCUUCAAGACCGGACACCAAGCCACACUCUCGUCGAUUCAGUGGGAGUCUGCAUUCAUCCCAUUAAAGACUAUCAAGUAUCCUUGGUCGCCCAUGCUAGUCAUCAUCAGCACAUUUGCACCUUAUGUUCUCUGUGCACUUGCUGUUCCUGCGGUUGUAUUCUGGAAGGUGCCACCUCGCACUCCAGGCCUGAUGAACCAGGUCGCCAAGGCACUCGCUACCCACGUAGUCUUCUACGCUGCCAUUGCUCUUGCCACCGUCGUUGAGGCUGCUUGGCUUCGCCGUCACCUGAUGCUCUAUCGUAUCUUCAUGCCUCGCAUGUUACUCGGUGUCGUGGUACUCUUGGUUGUGGAGUUGGUGGGUAUUAUUGUUGGCCUGGUGGGCAUCAGGAGCAGCAUCCGCAGUGUGGCAGAAGUGUUCGGUUGGGGCCCACUGGUUGAGGAAACACCUGUUCCGGAAGCUCAGCCUGUAGCUCCUGAACCAGCAGCAGCAGCAGUAGAGACUUCUGAAGAGGUCAAGAAAGAUUAG